AUGAAACUAUCAAAUAAUCAACUCGAUGAUCAUUUCAUGACAACUAAUCAAGAUUAUGGUUCUUUUUAUUUGAGUCGAUUACAACAAAAUCAGAUAAAUUCAGAUAAAAUUGCAUAUGAAUUAUUUCUAAAUAAUCAAGUUCAAAAUGAACGUCGUCAAAUACCAUCUAUUGCUUAUGAUAUUAUGUUUGAUUUUCAAAAACCAAAUGAUGUAUUAGAACUCAUAGCUAAUGAACUUUUCCUCUUAAAUCCUGAUAUUUCUGCUGAUGAAUUGACAGAAAAUAUGAUAGCAAUUACAGUACCACAUGAAUAUUUAGGUAUGCCUUCUAUAGAUCCGAAUCAACCAUAUCCCGGUACAGAAAUUGAAUGUGCGAAAACACCACGCCUACAACGUAUUCUCGAACAUUUUCAAAAAGCUAAAAAAACGGUUGCCGAAAGUAAACAGCAAUUUGAUUCAAAAGCAAUUAGUUCUCAAGCUAUGCAAGGCGUUAAAUAUAUUUAUAAUCCUUUCGUCAACGCUAUACAAUUUCGUCGAUUAUAA